GCCAUUAUACCUGCCCAUGAGACUGAGACCAUUAUAAUGUCCCUAUGUGGCUCUUCUCACAAGGAGUUUUCUCAGAUGUUACCUAUUCAAGACAUGGAUAUCAAAAACUCACCGUCUAGCCUUAACUCCCCUGCUUCCUACAACUGCAGUCAGUCCAUCCUUCCCCUGGAGCACGGCCCCAUAUACAUACCUUCCUCCUAUGUAGAGAGCCGCCAUGAAUACUCAGCCAUGACAUUCUACAGCCCGGCUGUGAUGAAUUACAGUAUUCCCAGCAGUGGCAGUAACUCGGAGGGCGGACCUGGUCGACAGACCACAAGCCCAAACAUGUUGUGGCCAACUCCUGGACACCUCUCUCCGUUAGCCAUCCAUUGCCAGUCUUCAGUUCUGUAUGCAGAACCUCAAAAGAGUCCUUGGUGUGAAGCAAGAUCACUAGAACACACCUUACCUGUAAACAGAGAGACAUUGAAAAGGAAGGUUAGUGGGAGCAGUUGUGCCAGCCCUGUGACUAGUCCAAGUUCAAAGAGGGAUGCCCACGUCUGUGCUGUCUGCAGUGACUACGCAUCAGGAUAUCACUAUGGAGUCUGGUCAUGUGAAGGAUGUAAGGCGUUUUUUAAAAGAAGCAUUCAAGGACAUACUGAUUAUAUUUGUCCAGCUACAAAUCAGUGUACAAUAGAUAAGAACCGGCGCAAAAGCUGCCAAGCCUGCCGACUUCGGAAGUGCUAUGAAGUCGGGAUGGUGAAGUGUGGCUCCCGGAGGGAACGGUGUGGGUACCGCAUAGUACGCAGGCAGAGAAGUUCCGAUGAGCAGCUGCACUGUCUGAACAAAGCCAAGAAAAAUGGACAUGUGAGCCGAGUGAAGGAGCUACUGUUGAGCGCCCUGAGCCCGGAACAACUGGUGCUCACACUCCUGGAGGCGGAGCCGCCCAAGGUGCUGGUGAGCCGCCCCAGCGCGCCCUUCACCGAGGCCUCCAUGAUGAUGUCGCUGACCAAGCUGGCCGACAAGGAACUGGUGCACAUGAUCGGCUGGGCCAAGAAAAUUCCGGGCUUUGUGGAGCUCAGCCUGUAUGACCAAGUGCGGCUCUUGGAGAACUGCUGGAUGGAGGUGCUAAUGGUGGGGCUGAUGUGGCGCUCCAUCGACCACCCUGGCAAGCUCAUCUUUGCUCCAGACCUUGUUCUGGACAGGGAUGAGGGGAAAUGCGUGGAAGGAAUUCUGGAAAUCUUUGACAUGCUCCUGGCAACGACUUCAAGGUUUCGUGAGUUAAAACUCCAACACAACGAGUAUCUCUGUGUCAAGGCCAUGAUCCUCCUGAACUCCAGUAUGUACCCUUUAGCUGCAGCAGCUCAGGAGGCCGAGAGCAGCCGGAAGCUGACUCACUUGCUGAAUGCUGUGACCGAUGCUCUGGUCUGGGUGAUCGCCAAGAGCGGCAUCCCUUCCCAGCAGCAGUCCGUCCGCCUGGCUAACCUGCUGAUGCUCCUUUCUCACGUCAGGCACGCCAGCAACAAGGGCAUGGAACACCUGCUCAGCAUGAAGUGCAAAAACGUGGUCCCAGUCUACGACCUGCUGCUGGAGAUGCUGAAUGCCCACACGCUUCAUGGGUGCAAGUCCUUGGUCACGGAGUCUGAGUGCAGCCCAGCAGAGAAGAGUAAGAGCAAAGAGGGCUCUCAGAACCCCUGUCUCAGUGAAGAUCAGCCCUGAGGUGAACAGGCUGCAGAGGUAGCGGCUGAAGCGUGAGCUCCAUCGCGAUGGGCGGGCUUCGUCUUUCUG